AUGCUGAUGCAGCUCUGUAGUUUCAAGAACUUGUACCAGAAUCGGUUCCUGGGCUUGGCGGCCAUGGCUUCCCCAGCACGCAGCAGCCAGACCCGCCAGCGCUGUAAGGAUGCGGUUCGUCACAGCUAUGGCCCCGAGUCCUUCGCUGUCAACGGUCUGAACCAGGAAGCCUUCAUGCUGGGACUGUCGCGCUCCACCAGCGACACUGAUCUGGUCUCUCCAGAUGCACGUUCCACUCUUACCAUCAGCUCCUCCCACUACACCAUAGGCCAGUCUGAAGACCUGGUGAUCACAUGGGACAUCAAGGAAGAAGUGGAUGCUGGAGACUGGAUUGGGAUGUAUUUUGUUGAUGAGACUCUGUCCGAGAACUUUCUGGACUACAAGAACCGAGGAAUCAAUGGAUCUCACAAGGGGCAGAUAGUUUGGAAAAUUGAUUCUAGCUCCCACUUCAGUGAUUCUGAGACCCAGGUCUGCUUCAGGUACUACCAUGGUGUCACCGGAGCACUGAGGGCAACCACACCCAGUGUGAUCAUCAAGAAGGGCUCAGCACCCGUACUGAAGCCAGUGGUCAGUCCUGAAGUCAACCAUGGACUGGGCAACAGAAGACUUAUUAACUUUUCCCUGUCAGACCUCCAGGCAAUGGGACUGAAAAAGGGAAUGUUCUUCAAUCCAGACCCGUACCUGAAGCUCUCCAUUCAGCCUGGAAAGCACAGCAUCUUCCCGUCGCUGCCACACCAUGGCCAGGAGAAACGUUCUGGAGUGGUCUGCAACACUGUCAACCCCAAGUGGAGCACAGAGAGGUUUAACUUUGUGUCUCUACCCACUGAUGUCCUGGAGAUCGAAGUGAAGGAUAAGUUUGCUAAGAGUCGACCAAUCAUCAAGCGCUUCCUGGGGAAGCUCUCUGUCCCUGUCCAGAGGCUGCUGGAAAAACAUGCUAUUGGGGAUCGAGUAGUGAGUUAUUCCUUAGGUCGCAGGUUGCCUACAGAUCAUGUCUGUGGUCAGCUGCAGUUCCGCUUUGAGCUGACCUCCUCCAUCCACCCAGAUGAUGAGGAGGUCUCUUUAGUCAUAGAGGCAGCCUGCCCUGUAAACGCUGUAGAUGUCAACCAUGCUGCUGAUGCUGCUGAUGCUCCCGAUGAUGAUACACUGAGUGUGGGCCCCGACAUGCCAGAUCUUCCCUUGGAUGCUCCUCCUGACCCUGAGGCCUUACCUCCAGCACCCUCCGCACCCAAGGAUAUCCAGCCUGCUGAGGAGGGGCAGGGUGAGGUGACCUCACAGGUGGAGCAAGGAAUUGUGGAGGAGGAGCCCACAGUGAGGGAGGAGCCCCUGACUACUGUGCCUCAGGUGGAGCAGGUGGAUGGAGACUCUUCUGAGCAGCAGCAGGAGGGCAAUGGGGUAGAGGGAAUAGAGGAGAGGCAGCAGGAGAAAGGAGAGGAGGAGCAGAGAGAGGAGACUGCAGCACAAGCUGAGGAGAAGGUUGUAGCAGAAGGAGAAGAGGUUGUGGAUGAAGCACAGUCAGAGCCACAGUCUGACUGUCCUGUAGCACAAGCAACUCAUGAUGAGACCGCGGAUGUGGAGGCUCCCACUGAGGAAAACGCUCUAUCCCAGGAGGCUCCCGUAGGCCCAGCGGAAGGGGCCCCACAGGAGGUGAGAGAGGGAGGAGAAAGAAGCUGUGAGCCCUGCUCCUGCCAGUCUCUCUUGUCAAACUACAACUCUAAUGCCCAUUCACGCCGUAAAAACCGGCCCUGCUCCCUUCCAGUGUCAGAGCUGGAGACGGUGAUUGCCUCGGCAUGUGGCGAGCCGGAGACGCCACGAUCCCACUACAUUCGGAUUCACCACCUCCUUCACAGCCUACCCUCAGCCCAACAGAGACCACCUAGCCAGGAGGAAGAGCAGAGCGGAGAAGGAGAGGAUCCGGGCAGCACUCUGGAAACAAAUGCCACAUCACCAAUACUUAAAACCUCCAAAGAGCAGGAGGAGCAGGAGGAUGAUGAAGAAGAGGAUACAUCUCAGUCACCCUCCCAGGUUCUGGGGUGUCCGGGCCCCUGCUGCCGACGCUCCCUGCCCCGCAGCCUCUCCAUUGAGCGCCUCUCUGAGCUGAAUCAACUGUUGGAAGGUGAGGGGGUUGGAGGAGGCCAUGCAGCAGUCAGGAGGAUUUCUCCCUCAUGCCCAGAAAGUGAGGAGGGAGAUUCCAGCAAUGGAGGAGGAAGGAGGGUCGGCGGCAGCACCCACAGAGCUCCGGAUGAAAACGAGUGCGAGUUUUGUGACACCACCUGCUACAGCACCUCGUGCUACAGCACCUCGUGUUACAGCACCUCGUGCUAUAGCAACUCGGGCUAUGAGAGCAGGGGCCGCUUCUGCAGCCACACCCGCCUGUCCUCGGUGGAGAGUAACCGGCUCUCCAGCAGCACUGUGUUCUCCUCCCAAGAUGAAGAUGAAGAUGAGGAGAGCGCCUUUGAGUCAGUACCUGAUGCCAGCCAUGGCCCUGAGGGCCAGGAGCAAGUCGGGGCAGGAGGAGAGAGGAGGACAGGGAGAUGGAAAGAGACCAGGAGAGGAGAGCAGGGGGAGUCAUCUGUGGCGGGGCCCAGUGACAGGAACAGCACUGGCUCAGGCUUCUCCUCUCCUGUUGGCCAUCUUCCAGUCCUGCGACCCAGCCAUGACCUAAACCAUUUUCCUGCUGCCACUGACCAAGCCUUACCUCCAAACUGGGAAGCUCGUAUUGACAGCCACGGCAGAGUUUUCUACGUGGACCAUGUCAACCGGACUACAACCUGGCAGAGGCCGAGCCAUGCCAGCAAGUGUAACCAUGGCAUCCCUCGCUCAGGGUCCACGCAGCAGAUGGAGCAGCUCAACAGAAGGUACCAGAACAUCCAGAGGACCAUGGCCACAGAAGAGAGUGGAGGGAGUCAGAGGAUGGAGCGGAGCAGCAGCACUGACACUGAUCCUGACUCUGCUCAGACAGGCCCCACCUCUCCUGUCAAUCAGCAGAAGAUCAGCCAUCUCCUCCAGUCACCUGCUAUCAAGUUCAUCACACACCCAGAAUUUUUUACUAUGUUGCACAGCAACUAUGCAGCGUACCGGAUGUUCACUAGCAGCAGCUGUGUGAAGCACAUGAUCCUAAAGGUGCGCCGUGAUGCCAGAAACUUUGAGCGCUACCAACAUAACAGGGACCUCGUGGUCUUCCUCAACAAGUUUGCAGAUACCCAGAUGGAGCUGCCGAGGGGCUGGGAAAUCAAAACCGACCCCCAGGGCAAGUCUUUCUUUGUAGAUCACAACAGCCGAGCCACGACCUUCAUCGACCCUCGGAUACCUCUGCAGAACGGCCGGCUGCCCGGCCACCUCGCCCACAAACAACACCUGCAGAGACUACGCAGCUACAGCGCUGGGGAGGCCUCAGAUGUGUCCAGGAAUCGGGGGGCUGCUUUGAUGGCCAGGCCAGGAAACAGCCUGGUAGCUGCUAUACGCAGUCAGCAUCAUGCUGACUCACAGCAACUCAGCGCUCCAUCUUACAAUGAUAAGAUAGUGGCAUUUCUUCGACAGCCAAACGUAUUUGACUUGUUGCAGGAGCGACAGCCCAGCCUGAGUAGGAACCAUGCACUGAGGGAGAAGAUCCACUACAUCAGGACUGAAGGUAAUCAGGGAGUGGAGAAGCUAUCAUGUGAUGCUGACCUGGUCAUCCUAUUAAGUUUAUUUGAAGAGGAAAUCAUGUCUUGCGUUCCCCCUCACCCCAUCCACCACAACCUCAGCUUCUCUCCUCGCUGUUCACCCGCCUCCUCGCCACAGAACUCUCCGGGCUUGCAGAGGGCCAGAGCUCCAGCUCCUUACCGCAGAGACUUUGAAGCCAAACUGCGAAACUUCUACAGGAAGUUAGAAGCUAAAGGUUACGCGCAGGGGCCAGGAAAGAUCAAGUUGUUGAUCAGGAGAGAACAUCUACUGGAAGGAACCUUCAACCAAGUGAUGGCAUAUUCACGCAAAGAGCUGCAGAGGAAUAAACUAUAUGUCACCUUCCUGGGGGAGGAGGGGUUAGAUUACAGUGGUCCAUCCAGAGAGUUCUUCUUCCUCUUGUCUCAGGAGCUGUUUAAUCCAUACUAUGGUCUGUUUGAAUACUCAGCCAAUGAUACCUACACCGUUCAGAUCAGCCCCAUGUCAGCGUUUGUUGAGAACCAUCUGGAAUGGUUCCGUUUCAGUGGUCGCAUUCUGGGCCUGGCUCUGAUCCAUCAGUAUCUGCUGGAUGCUUUCUUCACCAGGCCCUUCUACAAGGCCCUGCUCAGACUGUCAACGGACCUGUCUGAUCUGGAGUAUCUGGACGAGGAGUUUCACCAGUCGCUGCAGUGGAUGAAAGACAACGACAUCACUGACAUCCUGGACCUCACAUUCACUGUCAACGAGGAGGUGUUCGGCCAGGUGACAGAACGGGAGCUAAAGUCGGGUGGUGCCAACCUCCAAGUAACUGAGAAGAACAAGAAGGAUUAUAUAGAGCGAAUGGCCAAGUGGAGGGUGGAGAGAGGAGUAGUGCAACAGACAGAGGCGCUGGUCAGAGGUUUCUAUGAGGUAGUGGACUCCAGGCUGGUGUCAGUAUUUGAUGCACGGGAGCUGGAGCUGGUCAUCGCUGGGACAGUAGAGAUCGACCUCAGUGACUGGAGAAACAACACGGAGUAUAGAGGAGGUUACCAUGAUGGCCACAUAGUGAUGCGCUGGUUUUGGGCCGCAGUGGAACGCUUCAACAAUGAGCAACGCCUCCGUCUGCUGCAGUUUGUCACGGGAACGUCCAGCGUUCCUUAUGAAGGCUUUGCCGCCUUGCGGGGUUCCAACGGCCUCCGGCGCUUCUGCAUCGAGAAGUGGGGCAAGGUCACAUCGCUGCCCAGGGCUCACACCUGCUUUAACCGCCUCGACCUCCCUCCAUACCCUUCAUACACCAUGCUGUAUGAGAAAUUGCUGAUUGCUGUGGAGGAAACCAGCACAUUUGGUCUGGAGUGAGACAGACAAAUCAAACACUGCACCUCUCUGUGCAACACUGGCUGGGCCAAAAUGUGGAAAGAGUGCAGCUGAACCUGUCUUAAAGAUCCCUGAAUUGUACUGGAAAUGGUUUUGAUUAUUUUGGAUAUACAGUGUGUGUGUGUGUGUGUGUGUGUGUCGCUGUUACGGUUCUGUGUGUCAGUCUCUCCCUGAGCUAUGAGGAUCUUUAUGAUGGCACUUACGGCGCCACAGCAGUUAUUUUUCUAAAAAUC